CAUUAAUCUUGCAUAAAAGCGGUAUAUGGUUUUAGUAUUGUAUCAAUAGUUGGUAAAACAAAAUGGAGAGAGGAGGGACUUUGUGGAUACUUGUGAUUGUUCUGUAUCAUUGUACUUAUGUCUAUGCGGGAUGUGAUGAUCCAGUUCCUGGCCUUAAUGAUCUGAAUUUGAGAAGUCCUGACCUAUCUUGGAAUGUGCAAAAUACGCCAGAAAUAAAUGACCUUGAUCUUACUGAAGGCUGGUUUCACACAACAUAUGAUAGCUGGACAUACAGGAUGACUGACUCUACAAAUAAACCAGACUACACGAAUUGCAAUACCUACUGGCCAAUCUACUUACAGGAUCCGCACCCAGAUAUAGAUAGUAUGAUUCAUGACACACCCACUGGUGAGCUAACUGCUUGUUUACGUGACUACGUGUAUCCAUGCAGUAUCACAUACAAAGUUCGAAUCAGGAAAUGCAACGACAAACUGCACUACCGUUUGCAAGAAACUAAGAGUUUCUCUGGGUAUUGUUUCGAGAAACAUGAAAAAAUCGGUGAUCCAGAACCCGCACCGACAGAUGUUAAUCUUGGAACGGUCACAGUCAUACCAGAGUUGCGUUUUGACCAAAUAGGCAUUGAAUAUUUGCCUCACAUAGAAUUUCGUUGUGAUUUUACGAUUCAAACUGAUUAUUUCUAUACAGUCAACUGGUAUGCAGGAGGUCAUGCGUUUACACCAAAAGGACCUUCGAGAGAUAUGGAUAAUCUCACGUUACAAGAAAGUGCGCUCAUUGACAAUGGUCUUGGUUUAGGAAUUACA